AAGCUCAGCUGGAAACCUUGAGAAGAACAAAAUAGGAAUAGUUGAAAGAGAAAGAGAGAGAAAGUAGAGAGAGAAAGAAGAAGAGAGAGAUAGAGAGAGAGACCUAUACAUACAAAAUAUACACAAUAUACGCAUCAGAUCCUCUCUGUUUUCAUUCUCCAGCAUCUUCUGUUCAAUUCGAGAACUCUCAUCCGAUUAAUUUGAUUCUUCUCAACACAUCGAUCGCUGUUUCCAAAUCGAAAAUAAGUUUAACCUGCUCGAACAAAUUGAAUCGGUUAGCAGAUUGUGAAUUUGUGAUCCUCACGCUUCAGUUCUACGGUUUUCGAUUAAAAAACACCAUGGUUUUUUAUGGUUUUGCUCACAGACAUACUUGUCUGUGCUGAAGGUUAUUAGUUUUCAGUCUCUACCCUUCUGCACUUGGCUAAAAUGUCAGAAGGAAUUGAGGCUUUUGAUGAAACAAGAGAAAGGAGGUCAGAUAUCGAGAUUUCUGAAGACGAAAGACGGCAAUCCAAAAUUGGAGCCCUAAAAAAGAAGGCAAUAAAUGCUUCAAACAAGUUCACUCACUCACUAAAGAAAAGGGGAAAAAGGAAAAUUGAUUACAGGGUUCCUUCGGUUUCAAUAGAAGACGUACGCAAUGCAAACGAGGAGAAAGCAGUCCAUGAAUUGAGGCAAAAGCUUCUUGAUAAGGACUUACUGCCACCUAGACAUGAUGACUAUCACACAUUGCUGAGGUUCUUGAAGGCGCGUGACUUUAACAUUGAAAGAACAGCUCGCAUGUGGGAAGAAAUGCUAAAUUGGCGGAAAGAGUACGGAACAGAUACAAUACUGGAGGAUUUUCAUUAUGAUGAGCUGGAAGAAGUCUUGCAGCAUUACCCACACGGGUACCAUGGAGUUGAUCGCGAAGGCAGGCCCGUUUAUAUCGAAAGGCUCGGGAAAGCGCACCCUAGUAGGCUAAUGCGCAUCACUUCAAUCGAGCGUUACCUAAAAUAUCACGUUCAAGAGUUUGAAAGGGCUUUUAGUGAAAAGUUCCCCGCGUGUUCAAUUGCAGCAAAAAGACAUAUUUGUUCAACUACCACAAUUUUGGAUGUACAAGGCUUGGGCUUGAAGAAUUUCACUCCAACUGCAGCAAGUAUGCUUGGGGCAAUGUCAAAGGUUGACAGUAACUACUACCCAGAGACACUACACCGCAUGUUCGUUGUCAACGCGGGCCCUACCUUCAAGAACUGUCUAUGGCCUGCUGCUCAAAAGUUUCUUGAUGCAAAGACAAUUGCGAAAAUUCAGGUUUUGGAACCGAAGUCGUUGAGUAAACUACAAGAGGUGAUUGACCCAAGUCAACUGCCCGACUUUCUUGGUGGUUCAUGCGUGUGUCCUGUUGAGGGUGGCUGCCUAAGGUCGAAUAAGGGUCCAUGGAAUGACCCUGAAAUAAUGAAGGUUGUUAAUAACGCAGAAGCCAGAUUUGUAAGGCAAAUCACCAGUCUAUCUAGUGAUCAACAAAAAGUCGACUCUUAUAUCCAGUAUUACCCCGUGAAGGGAAGAAGUGACAUGUCAAACAUAGAAUCUGGAUCAGAUGUUGAUGACCCUUGCUUUUUAUCUACCGUAAAUGAUCCUAGGAUCUCAAAAUUAGCGUCGGUUUGUGAAGAAGCGACAACAUCCGAUUCACCUGCAUACUACAGUUGUAACGAUCAUUUUACUUCAUUUGACCAGAGGCAAGAUACAUCUCCGAGUCAAUCUCCUACUUCCGGUAUAACCCUACAAGAUUCAGAAGGUGCUUCUUUAAUUAUCCGUUAUUUGGAUAAUAUUCUUGAGAAGGUUGUGAAGAGAGGUUUCAGUUGCAUAGCAAGACCAGUGCUUUCAUUGGUGGUAAAAUUAAUCGAACGUAUGUUCAGUUUACCAAUUGAAUAUUAUUGGAGAAAACAGAACAACGUAUAUCCAAACAAUGCUGUGGAACACAGAUAUGAGAGCCAAACACAUGUCCAAACAGAAGCUGUCAGAGAAAAUCAAAUACUUCCGUGUGUCGAACGCCUGCAAAAACUCGAAGAAAUUCUAGAAGAAAUUAAGAAACGGCCUGCUCAAAUUCCUGUUGAAAAGGAGCAUAUGCUGAACAAUUCGUUGGACCGGAUUAAAUCAGUAGAAUUUGACCUAAAUAAAACUAAGAGGGUAUUACAUGCUACUGUGGUGAAGCAGCUUGAGAUAGCAGCCUUGAUGGAGAAUUUGCAGCAAUCCAAAUUCCAUAGGCGAAGGAUAUGCUGAAAGUGAAUGUACAGCUUAAAUAGGAAGAAGUGAUAUUAGUAGCACAUAUAUAUGGAGAAACCGCAUCCAUACACAGAUUACCCCCCCUUAAAUGAGAGGCGAGUAUUUAGAACGAUCAUGUGUUGAUUGUCUCCUAACUUUAAUUUUAAAAAAGAAAAAUGCUUACUUUUGAUAUCACUUUUUUCUGCUU